AUGGCCGCCCAGCGCCAUAAACUGGAGGUCGUCGCCCUGUCGGUUGUUUUGCCUUAUGGCGUAGACGGCCAGAAGGAGGCAAGUUGCCGCAUAGUCUUUGCACUUUUACAGUAUUUUAGUUGUCUGGCCUUAGAAUUAUGUGAGCAGAAAGAGCCUUCAUGUAGUUCUGUUAUCACCACUGUGCGCAAGUCCCCGACAAGGCUAGCUGCAAUGCCUAGUGCCCGGAUUUUUUCUAAAUUGUGGCGCUUUUUGCUGGAAUGGUUCUAUUAUGCCUGCAAACAGGAUACAGAAAGAGCAGCUUGUGCUGUGCAUCAUGCGUGCUUCUGCAGCAUAGACUUCGCAGCGGAGGUUUCUUUGUUGACGCAGCUGGAGUGCAGAGGCGCUAAUACUCCAACAUUCUUUUUUGGAGUGGACAAGAAUAACGAUCCUGUGGUUUACAAACCAAAGCUGAGUGGACUUAAGAAACUUUACGAGUAUUCUGUUCUCCAGACAGACUGUUAUCUCAUUGACCUAGAGCUAAAGGUGAAGGCAUCAAAAAUCUUACACGCAAAGAAACUCCGCACUGCCUCUGCAGUAGGCGCACUUAGAGAUACUAAUAUUCGUUCUGAAAGGAAGUCCAUAGACGAGAUGGUGGCUAGGAUUUUUUCAAUUUGUACGGCGCUUGUUAUAGUGAAUGCAUUUCCCAUUACAGCUAAGAUAGUAUGUUAUUUAGGUAGGGAGAUCGUUCCCAUCGAGCCCGACAAGCUCAUCAUCUCCGAGGACAACUCGGCUUUGUUCAAGGCUGUCUCCCCUCAACAGGUGCCAUAUCCCUACAGUAAGAACUCCAAAACUUUUGAAGCCAACCCUGAAGAAACAUCAUCCGUGUCUAUGGAUGCUAAGAGGCGAGGCAAGUUAGUUCUAGAGCAUACAUAUAAAGUUUUCCCCCCCUUUUCUCCUAUAGACUCAGACACCGAGCUUGAGGGUCCACAGUCUGCUUCGACCUCGGCGGGCAUGGGCUUCAUGCAAGGAUCCGCUGAUGCCACCUUGUCUGAUACUGAAAUGGAUUCCGACGACUUUGAAUGA